AUGUCGCAGCAAAAGAACACUGUCACAUCUACUGUGUAUGGAAAAUGUAUUGGAUGUCAUGCCAAUGCGAAACUAAACGUUUGUAGCAUCUGCCAUAAUCUGAAAUGUAUCUACUGCAUCGGAAUGCACCAACAAAUAGACACGCUUCUUCAAAUAAAAGCUAAAUGGGAAGCAAAAGAUCAACUUUCGAAACAGCAAACAUCUUUGAAGUGUAAAGAAAUUGAGGAAAGUACCGAGAAAACGACAACAUCAUCUGAACUGCUCACGACUACGUAUCAUACAUAUGGACAGCAACUAGAACAAUCACAAGCAAAUAAUCAACAACAUGUGGAUGAUCUGAAAGAGAUGUUGAAUGAACCGGAAAAGAUUAGUACGACUAAUGUUGAAGAUUGUACACGAAUUGACGAAGCAAUCGAUCGAGUCGAAAAGAGUUCGAAGAAGGAGCUGUGCACUGAACCCAAUACGACAAGUUCAACUUUGGGAUCACUGAAUGAUGGUACAUAUAGUGCUUCAAUGCUAGACCAGGCUGAUAUUCCAGCACAGCACAUUAAUAUGGAUCAUCAUCAUCACUUAUCAGCUGAGUCAUUGCUUGAAUCAAACGCAACUGACACUAUUGAAACUGAAAACGAUAGUGUAGAUAAUUUGGAAUCGAACGUGGUGGUGGUGGCAAUGGACCAAAAGCAGCAGCUCUCGAAAAGUCAGAAACGUCGACUUAAUCAGAAGAAGCGAAAGGCUAGUAAUGCUAACAAGUUAUCGACAGUUCCAGAAGCAUCAACAGAUACUUCUACAACACAGUUAAAUACAUAUAUUAAACCAGUGACGAAUACAACUGCGACGUUGUAUUUCAGCAACUUGACAAAAAGCUCAACAAGAUCUCUAAGAGUAUUUCGUGGGCAAAAAACAGCUUCUAACAAUGAAUACCUGCUCGUGUGUCCCAAGGAUGAAUUGUGGUUGCUUGACACGCAAGGAAAUCAAUGUUUGGCUAUUCCACGUCGAUUUGACGUUUACGAUAUGUGCUGGUCUACCUAUUUGAACAAGUUUCUCGUAUUGAGUAGUAAAGGGCUCUAUUCAUUUGAUCACACAGGUCAGAAUCCUUUGACAAUGGAAGUGUCGGCAUUUGCGAACACAAUGGAUGAAUGCACAUGUCAUGAAAACAUAUUCAUGGUCAUUAGCGACGCGGUCGCAGGAGCUGAUCUACAAGUAUGGAAUAUGGAGGGGAAAUGGAAAAUGACUCGACGUUAUUCACGGCCGAAAACCUGCAGAUUGGGUGAAGCAAUCAAUAGCAUACGUUUUAGCAGUAGUGGAACGUAUUUGGGAGUGACAUUGACAGCACCUUUCAUCGGAAAAGCAUUUUUUCAACUACGUAAUCCAAAAGAUUUAACUGUUUUAGAAAUUGUGGAACGCCCAUUUUAUGAGGGCUAUUGCAAUCAUUAUAUGUUGGCUCUUCCAAAUGAUGAAUUUCUAGGUUACAAAUAUUCGGAGAGAGAAAUCUUCGUCUACCAUGCGAACGGACAUCAGAAAGACGUAGUACGAUAUAGCAAAAGCAUAUGUUCAAUAUCGUUCAUGAUGAAUGGUAACAUCUGUCGUCUGGCUAUCCAAACACAUCAACCCGACGAACUUCAUUUUCAUGAUUUAUAA